AUGUCUGGCAUCACUGGGAACGUGGACUGCGAGGAGUGCUUAUCUUCUGGACAUCUACCCAACAGCACGGAGUUACAUGUGCAUCCCACCUUGGAUGACGACGAGGAACUUCUGAGAUACAUUUGGAGAGAGUAUUUACACCCCAAGCAGUAUGAAUGGGUUCUCAUUGUGGCUUACAUUAUUGUAUUCUUCGUUUCACUUAUUGGGAACUCGCUUGUUUGUUUUGCAGUAUGGAAGAACCGUCACAUGCGCACCGUGACAAACUAUUUCAUAGUGAAUCUUUCCCUGGCUGAUGUGCUGGUCACCAUUAUCUGCCUGCCUGCGAGUCUUGUGGUAGACAUCACAGAGACGUGGUUCUUUGGAAACACUCUCUGCAAAAUUGUCCCUUAUCUGCAGACCAUCUCUGUUUCUGUAUCAGUCCUAACGCUGAGCUGCAUCGCCCAGGACCGUUGGUAUGCGAUCUGUCACCCACUGUUGUUCAAGAGUACAGCCAAGAGGGCGCGCAAGAGUAUAGUUGUCAUCUGGGUUGUGUCAUGUAUCAUCAUGAUCCCCCAGGCCAUCGUGAUGGAGUGUAGCAGCCUGCUGCCUGAACUCACAAAUAAGACCAGUCUGUUCACGGUGUGUGAUGAGCACUGGGGAGCUGAGAUCUACCCAAAGGUGUACCACACCUGUUUCUUCAUUGUCACAUACUUCGCACCACUGUGUCUCAUGGUCUUGGCAUACAUUCAGAUUUGUCACAAGCUGUGGUGUCAACAGAUUCCUGGAAGCACAUCAGUGCUGCAGAGGAAGUGGAAGUCUAUCAAAUGCUCAGCUCCAACUCCAGGACCGGGAGAGUCGGUGAGGGUUAGAACCAGCACGGUUUGUGCUGAGAUCAAACAAGUCAGAGCCCGGAGGAAGACAGCUCGCAUGCUGAUGGUGGUGCUCUUUGUUUUCGCCCUGUGCUACCUGCCAAUCAGUGUGCUCAAUGUCAUGAAAAGAGUGUUUGGGACAUUCAAGAAGACAAACGACAGAGAGACAGUGUAUGCGUGGUUCACUUUCUCACACUGGCUCAUAUAUGCCAACAGUGCUGCAAAUCCAAUCAUCUACAAUUUCCUAAGUGGGAAGUUCCGCGAGGAGUUCAAAUCAGCCUUUUCUUGUCAUUGUUGUGGCCAGCAUGAAAAUGAAACAAGGAGGAUAAGGACCAGAACGCGCACAGACAGUCGAAAAUCCCUCUCCACUCAAGUUCACAAUGUGGACAACGUGUCACGCAUAUCAGAUCAGAUGGUGUAG